UUCCCUAUUUAAAGAGUUUCACUACCAGUCUACUCUAUCUCAUCCCGAGUGAGCUAGGCUUUUCUAUACCUUUGUGCAAAGGAAAACAAACAUCGACUUCUCUCUCUCUCUUUCUCUACUUUCAACCAAGUUAAUUUGCUACCAAAAAAGGAAAAAGUUAAUGGCUUCCAACCAAGAAGCAUCGCGUCUAGAAAAUGGCAAUCUCAAAGGUCUAAGCAGGGAGAUCCGCCAUGGCCGAACAGCUCACAACAUGUCAUCCUCUUCCCUUCGAAAGAAAUCUGACCUGACCCUUGUUUCCAAAGUUCCUUGUGGAUUACUCAGAAAAUUUCUUGCUAAUCUUCAGGAAGUCAUUUUAGGGACCAAACUCUCUGUUCUGUUCCCUGCUAUUCCUCUUGCUAUUGCUGCUCAAUGUUAUGGUUUUGGAAGACCUUGGGUUUUUGCGUUGAGUUUACUUGGACUUACUCCACUGGCUGAAAGAGUCAGCUUUCUCACAGAACAACUUGCUUAUUACACUGGUCCAACAGUGGGGGGACUUUUGAAUGCGACAUGUGGAAAUGUGACGGAGCUGAUAAUAGCAAUAUUUGCACUCAAAGAAAAAAAAAUAGCCGUGGUUAAAUAUUCCCUGUUGGGUUCCGUACUCUCCAACCUUCUUCUGGUUUUAGGGACCUCUCUAUUCUGUGGUGGCAUUGCCAAUCUUGGCAAAGAACAAAAAUUUGACAGAAGACAAGGUGAUGUGAACUCUCUGAUGCUGUUGCUGGCAUUGUUGUGCCAUUUGCUGCCAGUGCUGUUUGGCUUUGCUGGAACUUCCACAGCCGUUGACGCUGCAAACUCUACACUCCACUUGUCCAGAGCCAGUAGCAUUGUUAUGCUCAUUGCUUAUUCUGCUUAUCUCGUCUUCCAAUUGUGGACUCACCGCCAAUUGUUUGAAGCUCAAGAGGAUUCCGAUGAUGACGAUGUUAAUUCGGAAGAAACUCCGGUGAUAGGUUUCUGGAGUGGAUUUGUGUGGCUGGCAGGGAUGACCAUCAUCAUAGCUGUGCUGUCUGAGUAUGUAGUGGGCACAAUUGAGGACGCAUCGGAUUCUUGGGGUUUAUCUGUCAGUUUCCUUAGCAUAAUCUUGCUGCCAAUUGUCGGAAACGCAGCAGAACAUGCGGGGGCAAUCAUAUUCGCUUUCAAGAACAAGUUGGAUAUAUCAUUGGGUGUUGCUUUGGGUUCUGCAACUCAAAUUGCUAUGUUUGUGGUUCCAUUGUGUGUGAUUGUUGCCUGGAUAAUGGGUAUCAACAUGGAUCUCAAUUUCAAUCUUCUUGAGACCGGUUCUCUUACUUUAGCUAUAGUUGCUACAGCUUUCACUUUACAGGAUGGAACUUCUCACUACAUGAAAGGAUUUAUUCUUUUGCUGUGCUAUGUUGUAAUUGGAGCUUGCUUUUUCGUAAACAAAUCUCCACUCAAUAACCGAGCAACUAUCAGCAACGCGGUACCUGGAAUGACAACUGAACCAAUCUUCAGAGUUUAAAAUGCUUCAAUUAACCCUUUAGGGUUGAUGAUUCUGGAAGUGUGGAAAAAACCUGCAGAGAAAAGAUUGGUUGCAUUUGUUAUUCUUUCAUUUUGACUGGAGUGGCCUGUUAGAAAGCUACAUGAUGAUGAAGUAUUUUGCUUUUGCUCAAUGAUCCAGAAUGAUUAUCAAAUUGUCUUUCAAAUUUGGUAACAUUCAUGGUGAAGUCGAUAAUUAGGUAACUUGAUGAAGACAGGCAACUAUAUCUCAUCGUUAUGCUAUCUAUAAAUAUUUUGGAGUGUUUUUUUUUUCUCUCUUUUUUUUCUGAAAAAAAAAUAAUCUAAGUUCUCUUUUAGCUGGUCGAUCAUGUUGUGCCAAGUUUAGUUGUGGCACAUAAGCUUAAGGUUAAUAUAUAUAUAUAUAUAUAUAUAUAUAUGUAUAUGUGCUUUUGUAAUCGAGUUAUAUAUCAAUAAAUGGAAGAUGUUGCGGGUUUGGGUUUGCCAA